AUGGAGGCAAUUGAGGGUAAUCAUGCAAAGGCUUACACCAAACUUCCAAUGUAUGCUGCAAAAGUGUUGAGGACCAAUCCUGGUAGUUUGGUCAAACUUGAAAGGGAAAGAAAGCCACCAUCUAAGCCAAACUUACCUCCUCCCUUACCAACAUUCAAAAGAAUUUUUCUUUCAUUUGCAGCCAUACAACAUGGCUUUAAAGAAGGUUGCAGACCUUUCAUAGCUAUGGAUGGGUGUCAUUUGAAGGGACCAUUUGGGGGCAUAUUGUUAGCUGCAGUUGGUCUUAAUGGAAAUAAUGGUCUUUAUCCUAUUGCAAUUGGUGUGGUGGAGAGUGAAUGUAAAGAUAGUUGGGCCUUUUUCCUUUACCACUUGAACACCAUUUUUGGUAAUGGCCCCCAAAGCAUGCCAUUGACAAUCAUGUCUGAUGGUCAAAAGGGCAUUAAGCCAGCCAUGAGACAAGUAAUACCCCAAGCAACACAUAGGAGGUGCUGUAGACACAUUUUCAGCAAGUUGAAGGGCAAAUUCCCUGGUUUAAAGAUGAAAAGAGCCUUUUGGGCUGCAGCUAAAGCUUACACUGUCAAGGAUUUUAACAUUGCAAUGGGACAGAUGUUGGAGUUAUCUUCUGAAGCACAUAGCUGGCUUUCUAAAUUUCCAGUUGAAAUAUGGGCAAGACACACAUUUGAUCAUAGGGUGAAAACUGAACAUGUUACUAGCAACAUGGUGGAGUCAUUUAAUAAUUGGAUUGGUAAUGUUAGGGGUAAACCUAUCUUAACAUUGUUAGAAAAUAUCAGAUUGAAACUGAUGAACAAGUUACAUAAGAGGUUUGAAGAGGUAGCUUCAUGGCAAUCUUUGAUAACCCCUAACAUUAAGAAGAAAUUGGAUGAAGUGGUUCUUCAAUCUAGGCUUUGUAAAGUGACUUUUGCAGGACAAGAAGAGUAUCAAGUGGCUGAAGGUGUGGAGUCUUAUAUUGUAAACCUACAAAGAAGGUCAUGUUGUUGCAGGAUAUGGGACAUAAGUGGAGUCCCUUGCAAGCAUGCAACAGCUUGCAUUACUCAUAAGAGGAUAAACUUGGAGAACUAUUGUGACACAAUGUACUACAAACACAUUUAUUUUAAGGCGUAUGGGGAAAUUAUACAUCCAAUGCAUGAUGAGAGUUUAUGGGGUCUAGUUCUUGGAGAUGAGUUGAAGCCUCCACCUCUUAAGAGGAUGCCUGGAAGACCUAGAAAAAGUAGGAGAAGGGAAGUUGAUGAGGCUGCACCAUCAAAAAGAUCAUGCACUGUGAAGUGCAUCAUUUGCAAAGGGAUUGGGCACAAUAAGAGGACAUGCCAGAGGGCACCUAUUAGGGGUAGGGAAAUGGGAACAAAUGAGUUUGCUCAGAGAGGAAUUGGUACUGUUGUUGAAAGGAGCACAAUUGGAAGGUUCACAGCUACUAAGAGGAGCACUGUUGAUGUAAGUAUGAAUGACAAAUGA